CGGCCCCGCGCCCGGCCGCCAGAGCCAGACUCGCCGCAGACAGGCGGCAGCCAGCGGGGCGGGCAGGGCGGGGGGAGGAGGAGGAGGAGGAGGAGGAGGAGAGGAGGAGGAGGCGGCGAGGCUGGGGAUGAGUUGGAGGCAGCCGCGGAGCCAGCCCCAGCGCACCGAGGGAGGCUGCCGGGGGCGGCGGGCGCCCCGUCCGCUCGGCGGGGGCCGGGGGGAGAUCACGCUCUAUAUUCAUAACCAGAAGGAACAGGAAGAAUCUCCAGACUCCCUGAACUUCAAGGAUAUCACUAUGUUGUAUUGGUGAGCGUGCCUGAGGGGAGACAAACACAAGAGAGGAGAGACAAUUGAACAUCACCGUUGGCUGGGACCUGAAAAAAUGGUGCUGGAUGAACAGAGGAUUAGAACUUCAUUGUGAAAGGGAAAUAAAGUCUUGCCAGGCGAACUUCUUCAUUUCUGCAUUCAUCAUGGCCCAGAUUCUCUGGCUGGCUGGUUGAUGGGACUGUCCAACGCUUGCUGCUUGGCUUCACUGCAGAUCCCCCGUGCCUCCAGAUUGAAAGACCUGGGAUCAGGUGGGAAUUGGAUGGUGCCAAAGCCGGGAAUGGGACGAGACAUGGACUCUGACGAGCUAAGAUGGAAGUGACUUGACAGCUUCAAGCUCAGCAGUUGUCUCCAGUAAGGACAGGUUAAGGUUGGAAUCACAAGCUUCGCUGGGAGAGCAGUAUGCAGGAAGCUGGUUUUCAGGCCACAAAUGCUUUCACAGAGUGCAAAUUCACCUGCGCCAGUGGUAAAUGCUUGUAUCUUGGUUCAUUGAUUUGUAACCAACAGAAUGACUGUGGGGAUAACAGUGAUGAAGAGAACUGUCUGCUUGUAACAGAGCAUCCACCUCCAGGCAUCUUUAGCUCUGAACUGGAGUUUGUUCAGAUCAUCAUUAUAAUUGUGGUUAUAACUGUUAUGGUGGUAGUGAUCAUCUGCUUGUUGAACCAUUACAAACUCUCGACACGCUCUUUCAUCAACCGGCAGAGCCAGAGCAGAAGACAGGAAGAAACUCUGCAGACGGAAGGGUGCUUGUGGCCUUCAGAAAGCUCGGUGUCGCGCCAGGGUGCUUCAGAGAUCAUGUACGCUCCGAGGUCCAGGGACAGGUUCACCGCCCCAUCCUUCAUGCAGCGGGACCGUUUCAGUCGCUUCCAGCCCACGUACCCCUACAUGCAGCACGAGAUCGACCUCCCUCCCACCAUUUCCCUCUCGGACGGGGAAGAGCCGCCGCCCUACCAGGGCCCGUGCACCCUGCAGCUCCGGGACCCAGAGCAGCAGAUGGAGCUCAACCGGGAGUCCGUCAGGGCGCCGCCCAACCGAACCAUUUUUGAUAGCGACUUGAUAGACAUCUCGAUGUACAAUGGGGGCCCCUGCCCACCGAGCAGCAAUUCGGGCAUAAGUGCAACCAACUACAGCAGCAACGGAAGGAUGGAAGGACCACCCCCGACGUACAGCGAGGUCAUGGGGCACUACCCCGGCUCCUCUUUUUUCCAUCACCAGCACAGCAACGCGCCUCCUCCCUCGCAGAGGGGGAGCAGACUUCAGUUUCAGCAGAACAAUUCAGAGAGCACAAUUGUCCCCAGCAAAGGCCAGGAGCGGAAAGCAGGGAACCUGGUCUGAGUCACUCGCCCGGGUGCGUUCGAACUGAAGACGAGAGAGAUCCAAGCAGGGCGGCGGAGGAAGACCCCCGUGCUCCGGUGCACAAUGUUGUUACAUUUCACGUGGUACAACUUAGUAAAACCAAACGUGCAAACCAGUUCUUUGUUUCUGAUUCCUUUCAGGGGAAUUGCAUGCAAAGCAGACCGAAAGAAAUACAAACUUCCAUUCAGUUUGUCUACGAGCAGUGUUUCAGGGGAGGGGGGGGAUAUAUUAUUUUUUUUUAAUAAACUAUUUCAAUUAUUUAAUUCUAAAAGGAAACUUAGCACAGAAAUGAGGCUUGUGUAGCCUGUUUUAUACUCACUGAAUGGCAGAAAGAAGAAGAAGGUUUUGCUAGAUAAAUGGGGGAAGAAUUGGCCAGUUUGCUUUUUUUUUUCUCCCAGGGUGUGCAUUUUUUUUUAAAUAUGAAUCAAAAUUCCUGUUUUGUGUGCCAAGGUAUAAAGUUGAGAACUUAGAUGAAUGCAAGGAAUUAAUUUGUGUUGUGAUAAAUGUGUUUUAAAAAGUUGCACUAUCUUAAUGUUUUAAAAAAAAUAUAUAUGAGGGAACUGUUUUAUGUGAAGUUCUUCUAUAUGUUGUCUUUUCACCUGUGGAAUAAUGAUUGAGCCCCAGAAGUGAUCUGGAGGAGUUUGCCCCCCUCCCCCCAGCUUUGCUUAGAAAAAGGGGACAGGACUUAGCCUAACAUCCCUUGACUUACCCAAAUCGAGAAGUACAGGGACACUUCACUUGUUGUCUUUGCAAUAAUUUGCAUUCACGUAACAGCGCGUCAACGAAAGUGUCUUGGAGACUUUUGGAUGGAAGAAGGCAAAUGUGACAUCCCAGCAUUUUCCAUCACUUAGGGUUUAGCUAUUUUGCAGUUUAGACUCUUUGUUUCGUAAAAGGCAAAAACAAAAGCCCAGAUGUGUUGAUUUGUAUCGGUUCUAACCAAGUGCUGCCGUUCUUUUCCUUCUCAUAACGCAGUAUCACCAGUACUCAAGGUUUUAGAGAUUUUUUUGUCCUCACUGUAGCCUGAAGUGUAUCUAGUCACAUAUCAUGACAUUAUGCAAUAAAUUGUUUAAAAAUGCAAGGUGGGUUUUCUCCCCUGCAAUGCUGUUGAAAUAUGUGAGACUCUGUUGUGCUUUCCGCUCUCCGUUGCCAUCUUCUAGAUCCCGAAAUUCAGGCCUGCAGAUCCAGCCUGCUGAUGUGGCGACGGCGGUGCUGCCUUCUGCAGCAUCCCUGCCAGCGACGGAUGGAGGGUGCCCACGUGUUGGCUAAGCGUCUGUAAGCCCUGGUGUUGUCGUGCCGGUCGUAAAAGCAGUUGGAAGAUUUUUACCUGCUGGUGAAGCCGUGUGCGGGGUGCUUCUUCCCCUGGCUGGCUCUGUGUGGGAGCAAACGCGGCGCUGGCAGGCGGCUGAAUGGUGAUGGUGGCAGCACAAGCACAUGAAAAAGCACAACUUGCACUUAAAAUGCAUUUCGGAAAUGGACUUAAAAGUAAGAACCUGUAGAGUCUCUAGUUUGCAUAGUUUCUAAUAUAUAUAUGUGUGUGUGUGUGUGUGCGUGCGUCGCAGACUCUUCACUUUAAGAUCUCACCUUCCCCGCUCCCGAAGCCUUUGCUCGGUGGCCGGCAGCGGGCAGGAGCUGGCACCUGAAGGCUCUGGCACCUGAAGCGAGUCUUUGAUCUAUGCAGAGUUUUGAUGCCAAAACAGAGCGCGUGUCGUUGUGUGUGCGUGUCUUACGGGCCUCGGCGUGGAUCGUUUCCUUCAUGAGCUGGCUGGGUUUUGUGCUGGGUUAGAAUUGGCCGAACUGUGAGCCUGGGCGUGCAGCCUCGCUUGUCGCCAUCGUUGUUCCUUGGUCUGAGUCACCCCAGUAAUGCUGCCUCUUAGUUUAGGUGUUAUUUCCUGGGAGAGGCUAUGAAGGGACUCGUUUUUCCAUGCUCAGCCCCACAGGACGGGUGUUCAGGAGACGACUGGGUGGCUGUCAGGCAGCUGGGGCUCUCGUCGCACCUAGUUCCUGGGAAUAAAAGCUGUUCAAUUAGUUUUUUUUGUGGAUAACCGAUGAACAUAAUCCAUUAGGUAAAUCAAGCAAACAGAAAGCGAACUUAGGAAAUGUUAGCUUUGGUCUUCAGUGACUUUUGUUUUCCCGUGGAAGUGAGCUGUUGGCCAGACGAUGCUUGUGCCUACUCGGACCCCUUGCUGUUGCCUCGGUGUGAGUUAUUUAGCCGAAAAACCAUUAGGUGAGAACAGCUGGAGCUCGGUCAUCGUGGCUGAGCACCCCUCGAUACCAACUUCUACUCACGUGCAGAUCUCACAGAAGUGAGCCUUGAAGUUACCUUCAAAGUCACCUCUGGGGAAUGUGCCUGCUUUGAAGACAGCCCUUGGCUGUCUUUUAAGCACUUCCCAUUCGUGUUCCUGGGUAUGAUGCAUGCAUGGUUGUCUCAAUUUUUCUUGUCCGAGGAAGUUUUCCUGUGUGUGGAAAAUGGGAGCUGUAUUAAAAAAAAAAUCGUAGAAAGGAACUUAAUGUAUGCCCAGCUCAUGGUUGUGUUUCUGCCUCCAUCUGUCUUCUCCUCAUGUUUCGCUGUCCAAAGCUCACGUGCAGCCAGGUGUUCCCAGCAGCAAUGGAAGUGUAGUCCCUGGUGCUUGCUGCAGGUGAGCUUGCCAUCCGCUGCUUUUGUUUGGGGGCCUCUUCUGGGUGCAAAUACAACGUUUUUGAAUGAAUAUUAGUGAUCUUUGAUGGGAGUCCCAGCUACAGGAUAACGUUACAGAAGGGCGUGCUCGUUUUUGUUGUAGUGAGAGAGAAUAUGCCCCAGAACAGUAAAAUAAAGGACUAUAAAAAUUAAAUAGAUAUCACUAUUGAUCUUCACAGGCUUAGGAGUGGGUGUCCUCUGAACGCAGGUAAUGCUGCACAGCGUUUGUGGAAAAUUCCACUUGAGAAUAUCCAGCAUCAGUGAAAGUGCUCCACAGCCACUCAAAGGCAGCCUCGUGAAUUAUUAAAGAGUUCAGGAAGCGCUGCAGAGUUAACCGGGUGGAUUAUACUUCCAUGCUGGUGUUGUGUUUUACGUGCAUCAUGCGCAUAAGCACACAAUGCCUGGGUGGUUUUUUCUAAAAGCCUGAAUUUUGGUUGUCUCGCCUGGUCUUUGCUCAGUAUUGCCCCAAAUUCACUCCAGUCUCCUCGCUUCAGAAAUUUUCGGGCUAAAAGGCUUAUUUUUUUAAACAUACCUCUAAGAAAUAAAGCAUUAUGACUUCUCUUACCUACCACAAAGGUUGCUUCUUCCCUGAAGUGGCUUGGCAGGGGUCCGUGUGUGGUGCUAAACGUGCCCCAUCUGCAGCGUGUUCUCCUGUGAUCCUGCAGGGCUGGGAAAGGCAGGGUGCAGCCGUCACAAAGAGGUUUCUCCCUGCCACUAAGCUCUACUCCUGGGUGUACGCUUGGCCUGGUUGUGCUUGGGUUCGUUGCAAUGCUGUGCCAUCAGGCUCUUUGUACGUGAAGUCGCCUUAAAGAUAUGAAUGAGGAAUACGAAAAGUAGUGCCCGUUCAGGUCCCUUCUCAGUCGUGCGUGUGGCACACGCAGGAUUCACGGUACUUGGAUGAAAGUGAGGAAAGCAUUCACGCUCCUGCAGUCGUGGCGUCUGCAGGAACCAUGGGUUGAGUGGUGCCUUUUUAUUUUUUUUUUAAUUGCUUUCCCCACUUCUCCCACCAGCUGGCAGCUGCUUCUGCCGUCCCGAAUCUCUGAAUUUGUGUGUUGCAGAAAUAAAAAAUAAUAAUAAUAAUACAAAAAAGCCACUGAGAUCUUUUUUUUUUUUUUUUUUUUUUUUUUCCCCUUAUGAAUGUGGUUCAGGGAAGAGCAGGGAGUGGGCUGACAUCAUUUCUGGAGGAAGGCGCUUUCGUUGCGAAGUGAAGGGGAAGGAAGGUGUGUCUUGCUAAAAGAUGCUGUGUGUAGGCUGAAUGGCUUUGCCUGGAGCCCCGCUUCUAACCCUGCUGCUGGGUAACGAGCUGCCGGGCCUUCAGACCAGCACCCUGCUCUGUAGGUUUGUGUUCUGGAGAAGGUGCAUGGCUUGCUUCUUGCUGACUCCGAGCCCUGCACGCCCAUUGUAGCCAAGGUAACCUGGUUUCACAGGCAAAGAAAAAGAAAGUGGUGUGCUGGUGAAAGAUGAUGUUCUAAAAUUGCAAUUUUUUUCCCCCAAGGUUAAACAAUACGCUUGCUGGUACCCUUAAAGAUAUUUAGGAUUGUCCCCAGGUUCUCUCUGGUCAUUACCAUUGAGUUGUGUCCAUUUGCGUGUGUUUAUACAUACCUGCAUGGAAAAUUGUGCCUCCGUCCUAUCUGUUGAUAAUCUUCGUAUUAGUUACUAUUCCGCGAUCACCUUUCAGAAAUGCUAGGUGGCAUUGUGCUCUCAGGAACCAUGGCAGGUCUUUUGUCAAACAGCUGGAGGCGUGAGGAGUAUUUGGUCCUUGCUCCUGUGAAUGUCACGCCCCGUUUUUAGCAGUUGAGGAGUUUUGCUGUGCAAAUUCUUCCCUGUGGCCUAGCGCGACAGUGCAUCUUCCAUCCAACAGCUCUCUUAUUUUUUUUUUUUUUUUUAGGCUGGGCUUUGGGAAGUCCUCUUGCUUUUGGGACAACACAAACGUAGACCUCGUUGUAAUCACGUGCACAAAGCAAACGUACUUCACGUAGCCCUGAAAUCUCAGAAGCGUGUUGUUUCAGACCUGGCUGAUGCUAAGAACGAAGUGAUGGCUGGUGGGCUCAGGUGAAGGUUGGCUUUUGAUUACAUCUUUGCUUUUUAGGUAAAUGCUGUUAUAAAGAACUUAGUUACACAUAAAUGGCUUGUGUUGCCUGCUUGCCAGCCAGCGUGAUUACAGCUGUUCUUCUAAACUAGCCCCAAAUGUGUCAAUUGUUUUAAAUCCCUGGCAAGAGGGACUCUUACAGAACUGUCUGAGACCCGCUGAGGUCCUGUUGUAGAACCUUGUGAGGAUGUGUUGGACUUACAGAGGUUUCCUGGCCGAACUCUCUGAAUUUCCUCUCUUCUGUAUGUUUCAUUAGGAAACUGAAGCUUAAAGUUCUGGGAAUGGCCAGGCUGAAAAGGUUGGUUGGUAGGACUUUUUUGUACGUAAUAGUUUGCCAGUCUGUGCUUGCUAAUCAGGGGUGCGGGUUGCCUUCAGCCCCACCUCUGGUUCCAUUGCUACGCUGGCAAAAGCCCCAUUGGGCGCACUUACACCAGCAAAAUAAAUAAAUAGAUGUCCUUUUAUUGGUACAGCUCCACUUGGGGAAUUCACAGGAGCUGCACCACCACGUUCAGCCCCCGUGAGCAGCGUUGGACCCCUGUUGCCUCUUCCCAGCCAACUCUUUCAAGUGUUGAUGGCUCCGCGUGGAUGAGGUGCUUUGCCACAUGGGUGAGCGCCCCAGGCACACGGUGUAGGAGUCUGCUGGAGCUCCCUUGAAAGAGUUGCCGGAAUCGGCAUUGAAUAUAUGUCAGGGCCACUGCAUUUCUCCUGCUUUCAAAGGGAAAACAGCACGAUUUUGUAUCGAGACAUGUUGCAAACUCUCCUGGCUUUUACUUCUGCCUUGCUGUAGUCUCCCCGUUCCAGUUUCAGACUGAACAAAAGCAACCGGGCAUUGCUGGUACUGCUUCAGCGCGAAAAGAGCUUGCCUUUUUUUUUUUGUUUUUUGUUGGUUAUCAACACAGAAACAAACUCGAAACCUAGAAACUUCCCCUUCCCUCCGACAGCCCCCCUCUGUGUGAUUUACUGCCAGAGAUGACUCUGUCAUUUCUUUGCUGUAUUGCUGCUGCUGCUGCUGCUAUUUUACCUGGUUUGGUAUGUGAGCUUUCUGACACGGUGUGGUAUGUGUAGGAUCUUGUGGGUGACGAAGCUGUCUCUUUUCUUCCUUUCUCUCCUUGGUUCGUGCUUGUCUGUCUGCUGUGGUAGGGUUAUUAAUAAAUUAUCGACGUACGUGCUAGCUAUAAUUUUGAGGAGGUUUGCAUGUCAGUAGUUUGUAAGCAACUAAGGUGCCUCAUGUUCAGGUCUGAGCAGAUAGGAAUCCCCUUGCACUCGAGAGGGCCUGACCCAACGCCCGGUGGUGUUGGCAGGAAGACUCCUGCCGACUUCAGGGGGCGUUGGGUCGGGCCCUGCGCUCCCACCUUUGUUGUGCCUCACUUAAAAUGGUGCUUUUUCAGUUGUCUGUCUUUUUCUUUCUGUUUUUUUUUUUUUUUUCUUUGUAUGGUGCUGUGUAUAACUUGAAUAUAUUAUGCACAUAUCCUACCCAAUGGGUAGAACAAACAAACAUACAAAAAAAAAAAAACAAAUAGAUGUUGUUAAUACUGUAAGAUAAUGUAUAGAUGAUACCGAUUUUAACACAAAAAAAAAAAUGGCAUAGACUUUGUGAAUGCCAACUUCUGCGCUUGGUCCUUUUUUGUAAGAAGAUUUGCAAAUGAAUGCAUACAAAUGACGAAAAGUCUAUGUAUUUUAUUUUCCUAUUAAAUAUCAAUAUAAUAUCAUAAGGGAAAAAGUUUGAACAAAUCCUUUUUGACUAGCCUGUGUAUAGCAAUUGGUCGUUUGAUGCAUCUUUGCUGUGAAGAUCUUUUUUUUUUUUUUAAUGUGUCACUUUAAGAAAAAGGAAAAAAACUAAACAAACAAAACCUCCACAGCUUUAACCUUGCAGCUAGAUGCUUCUCAUAUUGGUUGUUGCCUCGCUAUUGCUGAGUUGGACCAGUAUUAGCUACUACUUCUCCAGCAGAUACAUUAUUUAUUGUUAUCCUUGAUUGUGUUGUGUUGUGUUUUGUUUUUUUUUUUAACCUAGAAAUGGGCUAAAACCUUUCAAAUCUUUUUUUUUUGUCCGCGUCCUUGAUGGGAAGUGAAGCUCAGACAAGUGGGAACUGAUCCAAAACCACCCCUGCAAAAUCAAAAAGUAGGCCAACAAAGAGAUUUUUGUGAAAAAUCCCAGCCCUGGUGUCCCGCCUCCCUGCCGGCACGUGUGGUCUGAAGGCCUGGCCUGUGGCUGAGCACCCCUGAGGACCUGGGUGGGCUUCAGGGGUGGCAGCCAUAAGGGUAGAUGUUGAAAUCCGUGGUGUGCUAUGAGUCGAGUGUGGGCUUUCAGGCCCCGCUGCCGUGCCGACCGCUGAUGGUGGUGUCUGCGCCAGGGUCGGCGCGUAAGAUGGCGGCAGAAAGGCCCAAAGCAGCUUGGUGCUGAGGGGGGACGUGGCACGGAGCUCGGCUCGACACCUGGCGUUUCUGCUGGUGUCCACACCACACCUACCGACCGGGUGGUGUCCUCACGGGCACCAGGCGUCCCCAGCGGCCUGGGUCCCCCCCACACGUCCCCGUGCCCCGCGCGCGCUCUCGGCGUGGCUUGUUCGGUGAAGCAAAUACCUCAGGAAAACUAAACGUGAAGCUCUAGUUUAGAGAAUUGCAGAUACUCUACUUAUUUUUCUAAGCUGUUUGUUCUAGCUAUCCCGGGACGGUAGGCGAUGUACAAGUUUGUCGGUCCGAGACAGACCGGUCCCCUCGCUGACGGAUACCAACUGGUCUCUCGUAGAUACCCCUGUCUGUAUGUAGCUCUUUUAUACUCGUCAGGCUUUAACCACAGAUGUAACGUAGCGACGUGUCGGGAUGUGGUCGAGACGGCGUUUUCGGUUGGUUUCCAGCUGGCUAGCUAAAUGCUGUGCCAAAACUCAGGGGGUCUUGUCCAGGGCCCGGUGAAGCCCCUGGGGAGGCUUCCUGUGGUGCCGCUGGGCUUCGGGUCCGGUCCGCGGCUCGGAGCGCGGUCCUUGGCCAGCCCGUUGUGACUUCUCUGCUGACCUGAAACUCCAGCUACGUAUUUGUCUGUAAAUAUCUUUUUUUAAAGCACUCACGGGCGUCCUGUGUCUGAAUGUUGACCACGGUUGUUCUUCUUUUUGUUGUUGUUUUAAAGAAAAGUGUAAAUUUUAUGGCCAGUUCCACAUCGUCAAGCCCAUGCAGGUAGCUUGUCUCCAUCCCUCUCUCUAUCGAGCUGUUUUAUCAGUAAGCAUGUACCAUAGUGAAGUGUGCAUAUUUUAUGACUGUCAUUUGUUAACUCAUUUAUUGUUUGCCAGGGCAUAGAGCAGUUGUUCUGGAAGUAUGUCUCGCCUGGCCAUUUUCACGUUUCUGUUUGCACUGCAGAAUAACUUCUGUGCAUGAAGGAAGAAAAACAAACAAACAAAAAAAAACCCAGGCCUUGACUAGGAAGAAUCUUUACAGAGCAAACCUCGUGCUGGAAGAACCUAGGGUAUGAUUUAUCAUAACAAAACUUGCAUAUUGAGUGGACCAAACAUGAGCAGUGCCUCCUUCUGGAGGCACUGAUUUGCUUUGAAGCUGCAGUGGAAAGAGCAGACUCCUGAGUGCAUUCACAGCUGUGUUCACGCUUUGCCAUUUACCACGAAGCACAGCAGGCAGCCAGGAUUUUAAAGGAAGUAUAGCAGAAGUUAGGACAGCCUCAGGCACCAUAGGCCUGGACAGCAAAAAUAAUAAUAAUAUCACCUUAAUAUCUUUUAACAACCUUUUUCUACUUACAGUACCAGGACUAUGUAAACCUUGUUAGGGAUUUUAUCUUUGUAUCGCUAUCGACUGCCCAAUGCUGCUGUGCUCAGAGCAUUUCAUGAUGGUAUGUACAUCAGUCAGGCUGUUUUACUUAAAAUUAACCAUCAGCUGCCUGGCUUUAGAGUGUUGACCCUCUCUUUGUUGUUUCUUGCUAGUUACUUUACAGUGUAAAAUGCUUUAUUGCUGUAUGGAUUUUUUUUUUUCUGUAUUUCCAACAUUGUGGCUUUCAAGAUCACGUUUUCAACAUGUCUCUUAUUUUUGUCCAUUUUGUUUCAAGUUAUUCUGAAAUAUGUACAGCACUAUCAACAAUAUUUACUCUUUCUUUUAAAUUUUAUUGUUGUAAAAACAGAGCUAUUAAAAACAGUAAGUCUUUUUACAACUGUAUUGGGAUUUCUCAAUAGCUGUUCAUGUGACGCUAUGACAAACCUGGCUUGCUUUAAUUUUUUACCUUCUUUUCCUUUUAACACAAUUAAUUUGUUGCUUAUUUUCCACUGUAACUCCCAGUUAUAUACAGAAAAAGAUUUCAACUGUUGUGUAUCUGACUCUUUUAAUUGAGCAAAUGGUGAUGUCCUAGUUUUUAGACCUAAGGUCUGUUAUUGCAAUACUUUUAAAGGAAGAUGUUGCUCUAAGUGCUGUUGUUAGUUUUAAAUACAGAUUUUAUGCUUGUUCUUAAUACGCUGUGGUUAAACCAUAGCAGAAAAUUAUUAAAAACCAUGAAAUGCA